CCUCCUCCUCCCCAGGGUUGGUGGCGAGCCAAGAUGGCGGCGCCCUGCGCGUUCGAGCCGUGGCUGGAGGGGCGCCUGGCUGCACUGGGUCUCGACGGGGACGUGUACGGCGGGUACAUACGGGGCGUGCUGCGCGAGGCCGAGUGCGACGCCGAGCGGCUGGAAGGGCUGGCGGGGGCGCUGGCGGCGGGGGAGCAGGAUGAAGAUGUACUACAAGAAGUUUGCAGAGAAAUCGUUGAAAGGUGGUCAAAGGCCCAAAAUGACGGAAGUAAUGAAAAGAAAGAAGAUGAGAUUCAAGCUAUAGCUAACAUAAUUGAAAAACAGGCACAAAUCGUGGUGAAGCCCAAAGAGGUCGCCAAGGAAGAGACACUACAGAAGGCUGCCCUCCUCGCACAGUAUGCUGAGGUGACAGAUGAUGAGGAUGAAGCAGAUGGCGAAGAUGAUCCUGGGGCAGCAGCAGUGACCGUCAGUUCCGAAAAAUCUCUGUUCAGAAACACAAACCUGGAAGCCGUUAUGAAUGCCCGGAAGCUGGAAAGAGAGCACCUGCGGGACGAGUCGCAUCGGAAGAAGGAGCAAGACAAACUCCAGCGGGAGAAGGACAAGUUGGCUAAGCAAGAACGUAAGGAGAAAGAGAAGAAGAGAACACAGAAAGGCGAGAGGAAGCGGUAGCAUGGAACUACAGCUGGACUCUUCUCUUUUCUUCCCUCCCCUCUGUCUGUUAUAUGGCACAGCAUGCACACAGACCCAGAGUGCUCAGAGGAAGGAAUCCUUUCAAACACUUUGGUGUGUGUUGGCUUUCAAAGCUGCAAAUCUGUCCUAGGCAAGGACUGUGGGGAGGGGUGAAGGGAGUCCUCUGAAGCACUGAAAGAAAACUACACACACAUUUUUGUUGUCCAAUCUGUUGGGCUCAGUGGUCGUGGCCAACAUCUGUAACCAAAGAACGGUGUGGUGGCUGCCUUCCCCCUCCCUUCGUCACUUUCUAUUUUUAUUAACUACAUACGGGGAAACUAUGGUUGAGGGAAGUAUUUGGAAACCCCUUUAUAUAUUCACUCUAGCCAAAGGUUGCUUUUGGUUGGUGGAACUGUGAAUGAAACCCAGUUUCCUACAUAUGUACGCCAGGGAGAGGCAACACCCUUUAUGAAGUUGAAUUAAGAGCCUAGUGCAGCACCCGUAAUCUUCUGCAGCCAAGUGUCACCUAAUUUUUGUUUCUUUUUCUUCUCAUUUGGGGCUGGGCUAGUAAAUCUCUGUAAACUUCAACAAGGUUGUAUUAUUGCCAUCUAAGUAAAGUUCUGUGAAUUUUA